AUGAAACGACUACGUCGUCAAAAUUCUUUGCCCUAUGGCGGUUGGUCUGAUGCGCAAAGUAAUCCAAGUGGAGCUAUACCAGGUGCCUACUAUGGGACAGGAAAUAAUCCGAAUGAAGGUGGUUAUUCUAGCAACGAUCGAUAUCAAGGCAAUAUAAAUUAUUCACCCUAUGGUUCAAUCCCAAAUCUCAACUCAUUGCCCUACAAUGGAAACCCAAAUCAGAAUAUGCAAGGUGGUCAAACUUAUUAUGGUUCCAACAUUAUGUUUAAUAGUCAUAAUAGACCAAAUAAAUAUCCACCUGGCAGUCAAGGAUGGUAUGCAACUGGUGGACACUAUUAUAACAAUAGAAAUUUUUCCUUCUAUUCGACUGGUUUUUUUAUCGCUUUAUUUGAUAAUCAUCAGUUCAGUGAUCCCUAUUUUGGAUGGACAGCUGAGCGACUGUAA